GAAUCUUGCCGUGGGUUUUAGUGGAAUAGGUGUAAAGCAUUAAAAAAAGGUGUAUGCAUUGAUUUGUUGCUAUAUAAAUCCAUUCGUUAUCUUCUGUAGCUUCAUAAGCUUGGAGUGAUUGUUCAGAAGAUCUCCAAUGGCGUCCACUGUGGUUCAUGGUACACUUCAUGCCACUGUAUUACAAGGCAAGCAUCUGCUUCAUGGUUUAUCUGCAGUCUUGACCAAGGCUGCAGAGGGGAUUAAGGAAGUCCUUCACGUGGAUCAUUGUCAUCAUAAAUUCUAUGCCACCAUAGAUUUUGGGGCUGCAAGAGUUGCGAGAAGCAGAGUUGUAACGCACAACCCAGUUAACCCAGUCUGGAACGAGACUUUCCAUGUACUUUGUGCAUAUACAUCAUCCGAGUAUGUGGUGGUGAGUGUUAAGAACCAGUUGCCUGUCUCUGCAGAAGUUAUAGGAAGGACCAGAAUUCCCAUCUCAGAGAUUCUCAGCGGCGAAGUCAUUGAAGGCUGGUAUGACUUAUAUAAUGAAGAUUUCAGUGAGAAGCUCAAAAAGGCUCAGAUUCAGAUUCGCCUGCAGUUCAGUGAUGUGACUGAAGAUCAACAUUGGGGUGCAGGGAUUCGGGACAGAGACUUCGCUGGAGUUGAGAAUGUGUAUUUCAAACAGAGGAAUGGCUGCAUGGUUACUCUGUAUCAAAAUUCCCAUCUGUCUCGGGAGUUCUGUCCAAGGAUUGAACUGCAGGGAGGAGGCCUAUACAGCCCUCCAAGAUUAUGGGAGGAGGUGUAUGAGUACAUUAAUGGAGCCCAGGUCUUUAUAUACAUUGCUGGAUGGUCAGUGUACACUGAAUUUACUCUUGUGAGGGACAGGGAGCGUAUGAUAGCUGGAGCAGAAGGGGUCACUCUUGGGGAGCUUCUCAAGAAAAAGGCAGAUCAGGGAGUUAGGGUUUUGGUCUUAAUCUGGGAGGACAGGACUGCUGUAAAACUUCUGGGAAACGAAGGCUUAAUGAGAACCCAUUGUGAUGAAACGUUUGAGUAUUUUAAGGACAGCAAUGUGCAGUGUGUUCUGUCUCCCAGACACCCAGAUCACCACUCUCUGAGUAUAGUGGAAAGCGCAGAGGUCGAGGUCCAGUUUACCCACCACCAGAAAACUGUGAGCUUGGAUGCACCCAUUGAACCGGGGUCGACAGCCCUCCAUGUGGUGAGCUUCGUGGGAGGAAUAGAUCUCACCAAUGGAAGAUAUGAUACAGAGAAGCAUACCCUGUUUGGGGGUUUGGACACUGUUUUCAAGCAUGAUUUUCUACAGCAUAAUUUCAAGGGAGCAGAUCUUCGUCAUGGGGGACCUCGAGAGCCAUGGCAUGAUACCCACUCCAAAAUUGAAGGCCCUGCAGCUUUAGAUGUUAUCACCAAUUUUACUCAGCGGUGGACCAGACAGGCUGAUCCAUCCCUACUUAUUGAUUUGGGCCAAAUGACCCAUUUUAUCAUUCCAGAGGGCCCAAAGGCCUGGAAUGUGCAGAUCUUCAGGUCCAUAGACGAUGGCUCAGUUCGUGGAUUUUCCGAAAAUCUAAGUGGGGUUUUGGGGCUUGAGACAAUAAAAGACGAGGUAGUAGAUCAGAGCAUCCACUGGGCUUAUGUCCAUGCAAUCCGCCGGGCCAAGCAUUUUAUCUACAUUCAAAACCAGUACUUUUUCGGCAGCUGUGAGUCGUGGGACAAGGAUCAGGACUGUGGGUGCCUGCACCUUGUUCCCAUCGAGAUUGCCCUAAAAAUAGUGAGCAAGAUCCGGGCAAAGGAGAGAUUUGCCGUGUAUGUGGUGACCCCAAUGUGGCCCGAGGGGAUUCCUGAAGGCGACACGGUGCAGGCAAUUCUGCAUUGGAACCGGAACACCAUAGAAAUAAUGUAUGCAAUGAUUGGGCAGGCACUGAGAGAGGAAGGGAGCUCGGACUCUCCUACAGACUAUCUCAACUUCUUUUGCUUGGGAAACAGAGAAACUCAUAUUCCCGGGGAAUAUGUGGCUCCUGAGACUCCAGAAGAGGGCACCGAUUAUUGGAAUGCCCAGAUGAACAGGAGAUUCCUCAUCUAUGUCCAUUCCAAGCUUAUGAUAGUGGACGAUGAGUACGUAAUAAUGGGGUCGGCCAAUCUGAACCAGAGAUCGAUGGACGGAGCAAGAGACACAGAGAUAGCGCAGGGAAGUUAUCAACCCCACCACAUAAACAGCAAAGACGGGCACCAUCGGGCACGAGGUCAGAUAUUCGGGUAUCGCAUGUCACUCUGGUAUGAACACUUUGCCAAGCACAAUGGGGGGCUAAGGCACGAAUAUCUCCACCCUGAGAGUCGAUCCUGCGUGAGAAUGGUGCGCGGCUUUGCUGAACGAACGUGGGAAUUUUUUGUGGGUGAGGAAAUAAAUGAUCUUCCGGGCCAUCUUCUGCCCUUCCCAGUGCGGAUAACACGAGAUGGGAACGUUGUGGAGUUGGAGGGCCACCCUGUGUUUCCCGAUACCAAAGCUCCCAUUGCGGGUCGCAAGUCUGAUGUCAUUCCUCCCAUUAUUACCACCUAAUUACAUCACUGAACCAGCUCAAAUUUCAUUUUAAAAAGGGAGUGUGAAAUGCAUUUCAGAGAGUAGAUGGAGUGACAGGAAAAGUUAGGCCUCUUCUGGCCGUUCGGGAAAUUUGAGCCUCUCAUUUGCGUUUUAACUUUAUUCAUUCGUACUGCCCGCAUUCAAUGUUUAUCUUUUUUUAUUUGGAUUGAUACCCACUUAGCUUUUUAAAGCACGCGUACAAAUUAGCUGUAUAUUGUGAUUAUUGCACUGUCUUUUUGGAUUCAAUUGUCUGUAAUUUAAUGUUUCUGAUUGUGUUA